CGUGAUCUGGCAGGAAUGGAGCACCGAGCCAGAAAAGCACAACAACUAAAGACAUCUGCAGUAUUUAAAGAUAAAACAGAAAAAUAAAACCGUUCUGUUUAAAGAACACCUCCGUACAGUGGAGCAGCAGUGAAUACGCCACCCGUCUGCUCUCUGCUUGUGAAAGUGAAAGUGAAAGAAAGACCAUCGACAUUUUGCUGAAGACCUGCAAGCCUCGCUACGGCGAGGUGAAAGCUCUCUCUGACCAGUAAUGGAGCAUGUUACAGAAUCUGCUGAUAGGCAUGAGGUCCGGCUGAUGGUCAUCGGGAAAACCGGAGCUGGAGCGAGCGCCUCUGGAAACACUCUACUGGGACACAACCUGUUCCAGUCAGCGCGAAGCUUUUCUUCCGUGACACUCAGAUGUAAAGGCGAAACUGCUUUUGUUGCAAACAGAAGACUCACAGUAUUUGAUACACCAAAUUUCUUUAAUUCAUCCUGCCCUGACAUUCACGGGGAAGUCGAGAAGGGACUUCGCUCGUCUUCUCCUGGACUUCACGCACUGCUUUUGGUUCUUACACUGGACACUUACACCAAGCUGGAUGCAGAUGUGCUGACUGUAUAUAAACAGACAUUUGGCAAGGAAGCCCUGAAAUACACAAUCGUUCUCUUUACACAUGGAGACGAGGUUCAAGGUGCUUCGGUUGAACAGCUGAUUGAACAACACAGAGAGAUCUCCAACUUAGUAGAAGAGUGUGGUGGGAGAUACCAUGUACUUAACAAUAAGGAUCCAUCAAACAGGGCUCAGGUGACUGAGCUACUGGAGAAGAUAGACACCAUGGUGUCUGCUAAUGAGAACAGCUGCUACACACUAGAGAUGUUCCUCUAUGCCCAUGCAUUCACAGCACACUUUAAAAGAACAGUUCAGGCUGUUCUGCAAAUUAAGCCACAGUAUGUGUGUCUAGUUCUGAUUGUAGCCAUAGGAUGCAUUAACAUGCAGAAUAAAAGGUCUGGAGAUGUUAUGAAUUUUGGUCAUGGGUGUCUAACAGGAUUAGCUGCAGAAGUAGUAGGAGCGCUGUCAGGAAAAGCUUGGGAAGUAACCUUUACAAAUCUAAGCUGGGCUGCCAGGGGAUUUAAUCAUAAGUGUGCAGCCAGGAUAAAAUUCCUGGGCAUUCCAGUAGGCUCUGCUGCAGGGCUGAUAGUUGCACACUACAUAGGUCCUCAGGAACUGUCCAUUAGAGUGUUUUCAGGACUAGCUGGAGGUGUUGCAGCAAUUAUGGGAAUGUCUAAAUACAUCUACAUGUAAGUGAUGUACAAAAACAUAUCCUUAUACAGGUAUGAUUUGGAAUAAAAUUGUAUACUGGCCUUCUUAUAUAUA